AUGGGGGAGAAAGCAAAUGCCAGAAGGAAGCAGAACAGCAGCGGAGCAGCGGCGAGCGGCAGAGAUGACAGGACUUUGGGCGAGCUGCGAGACGACGGACGGGGAGGUCGGAGCAGUCUCUCUCCAAUGGUCUCGUCGAUCGGCUCCCUGACUCGGGCAAGGCCAAGUCGGGCAGCUGCCAUAGUAUGGCGCCUGCUCGGAGCUCCAGGGGAGCCGGACCCUGGGCUGGGAAGCACAGCUCAGGGCAAGCUCCAUCGGGCAGAGCUAGGGCUGCCCAGCCCUCGCAGCAAAAGCGAGUGGGCAGUAACAGACCCACAUCAAGCAAGCCAGCCACCAAGAUUCUUUGAAACGAACUACGAGCACACCCUGGCUAUCUUGUUCGCCAUUAGUGAGAUCAAUGAGAAUCCCAGACUCUUACCUAACAUCACUCUGGGCUACAACAUCUAUGAAAAUUACCAAAGUGCAAGGAUAGCUUCUGAGACUACCGUAGACCUCCUUUGUACCGGGCUACAUCACUUGGCUUUCCCCAACUAUUUGUGUGGAAAGCAGGAGGAGCCACUGGCGGUCCUUCAGGGUGGCGAUGACCAGGUCUUCUUUCAGAUGGCCACUGUGCUGAGCAUCUACAAAAUUCCUCAGCUUCAUCCUUUUCUGAGAAACAUCUACUGUAACACGACAACCAUAAAGAAUGUGCAUUUUAACGAGGAUGGGGAAUUAGUUGCUGACUAUGAUAUUCUGAAUUUGGUUGUCUUUCCUAAUGGCUCUGCCGUGAGAGUGAAAGUUGGGGGUCUUGAAAUCCAGGCUCCCUCAGGCCCAGAGCUGAACAUUCAGGAGAAUGGCAUUGUCUGGCCCAGAUUGUUUAACCAGACACAACCUAGAUCGGUAUGCACCAAGAGCUGCCUGCCUGGAUAUAGCAAGAUGGUUCCAGAAGGACAGCAGAUUUGCUGCUAUGAUUGUGUACCAUGUAGAGGAGGGACAAUUUCCACACAGACAGAUUCAAAUCGUUGUGAGGAGUGUCCAAUAGAUCAGUCUUCAAAUGAGGACAAGGAUCAAUGUGUUCCCAAGAGGAUCGUAUUUUUUUCCUACGAAGAACCUCUGGGGAUCGUCAUGGCUUUCUUUGCACUACUCUUGUCCCUGACCACAAGCGUUGUUUUAGGAAUCUUCCUUAAAUUCCUGGAAACUCCACUUGUCAAGGCGAACAACCGAGAUCUCUCCUACAUUCUUCUCAUCUCCCUCCUGUUCUCCUUUCUGUCCUCCUUCCUCUUCAUGGGUCAGCCUGGGAAGGUGACCUGCCUCCUCCGACAGACUGCCUUCAGCAUCAUCUUCUCUGUUGCCAUCUCCUCCUUAUUGGCCAAAACUAUCACGGUGGUGGUGGCCUUCAUGGCCACAAAGCCAGGGAACACGAUGAGGAAAUGGCUGGGGAAGAGCUUGGCAAACUCCACUGUCAUGACCUGCUCUGGCCUUCAAGUGGCCAUUUGCAGUGUCUGGCUGGGAAUCUCUCCCCCCUUCCCAGACUCCGACAUGCACUCCCAGCCUGGACAGAUCACACUGCAGUGCAACGAAGGGUCUGUCGCCAUGUUUUAUACGGCCCUGGGCUACAUGGGCUUCCUGGCUGCUGUCUGUUUCACAGUGGCUUUCCUGGCCAGGAAGCUGCCUGGUUCGUUCAAUGAAGCCAAGCUGAUCACCUUCAGCAUGCUGGUCUUCUGUAGCGUCUGGGUGUCCUUUGUGCCCACGUACCUGAGCACGAAAGGGAAAUACAUGGUAGCCGUGCAGAUCUUCUCCAUCCUGGCCUCCAGUGCUGGCUUGUUGGGCUGCAUCUUCCUUCCCAAAUGCUACAUCAUUGUACUGAGGCCUGGUCUGAACACAAAGGAGCAUCUUAUGAUGAAAAAGAGAGAAAAAGUGUGA